AUGGGAAAUUUAUGUGGAGAAGAAAGACAAGAGUAGAAAUAACUCAUGAAAUCUAAGUUGUGCCUCUCCAAGGUUAUAGGCAAGGCAUUUGUACAAAUACUUCAAGGUGAUAUUUUGUCAGAAUCAGCAUCAGCCAUUUUAAAUCUUGCUCAUGAUCCCUAUUCUGCUCAAUUCAUUAAAAUCUAAGUAUCCUCGAUAAACACUAGACCUCAACUAAUUGCUGGAAUACCAACAAUUACUCCUUUUCAUUAGAAUGGAAUCCCAUUUGUAAUUCACCUGAAAAUCCCUAACAACUUUCAUUUACAAGAUUAGGAGGAUCAAAUACAAGCAUUUGUUGAUGCAUUUGAAUUAGCGAAUUCUUAAAAUAUGGAAUGCAUUUCAUUCACAGAGCCUCCUAAAGACAUAGCACAGAAUCAGAAGAAGGAUAUAUAUGCAAAAUUAAUAUUAUCUGCAUUCUAAUUUUUCAUUUUUAACUCUACUGAUUCCAAGAUUACUUUAUUGAAAAUAAUAAAUCCAGACUAAAAUACGACUAAUAUUUAUAUGAAAGAAUUACUAUAAAUUGCGGUGAUUAGCGCAAAACAAAGUUAUGAUGUGGACCACCAUAACAAUACUAAGGAGAAAUAUAAAAAAUAAAAUGAUUAACCGCCUACUCAACCAACAUUAAUAAACAUAGAAUAAAAAGCAAAUAUUGAAAACAUUGAAAACAUUGAAAACACUGAACAAACCUGUUUCAAAGAAUAAGAACAAAAGCAAGAGGAAAUAUUUCAAUCAGAAGAUUAAUAGGAUAAGCAAUAAGAAAUAAAAAUAGAAAAUAAUACUUAGGAAAUUUAAUAAUAAGAUACAUAGGUUUAGAACGACAAAUUCGUUGUUGAACCCCCAUAAUAAGUUAAUAACGUUGAAUUUGAUUAAACAAAUUUCAUCAAUGAUUACUCGAAGGUUUUGGUUUCCGAAAUCUUGCAAAAGUCCAUAGAAAAUUUACAAUCUUCAGUUGAUUCUUGA